AGAAUCUUUUCUUCGGGAGGUAGAGUGUCUGGGAGAUAUUGUUAUGGCGGUUUCCGACAGAUCAACCAAAGAAAGAUUAUUGUCUGUUUUGGACGAUUUGGAGGUGCUCUCCAGGGAAUUAAUUGAAAUGUUAGCCCUUUCAAGAAGCCAGAAGUUGCCACAGCCUGGAGAGGAAAGUCAAAUUUUAGAACUACUGGUGCAGAGGGAUGGUGAGUUUCAAGAGCUAAUGAGGAUAGCUCAUGAACAAGGAAAAGUUCAUCAGGAAAUGCAGUUACUUGAAAAAGAGGCAGAAAAAAGAGACACUGACAUUCAGCAACUCCAGAAACAGCUGAAAGAAGCAGAGCACAUACUGGCAACUGCAGUUUACCAAGCAAAGGAAAAACUGAAAUCAAUAGAAAAAGCAAGGAAGGGAAGUGUCUCCUCUGAAGAAGUUAUAAAAUAUGCCCAUAGGAUAAGUGCAAGUAAUGCAGUAUGCGCUCCCCUCAAUUGGGUGCCAGGAGAUCCAAGAAGGCCAUACCCAACUGAUCUGGAGAUGAGGAGUGGAAGACUAGGCCAGAUGAGCAACCUCUCAACCAAUGGUGUCAAUGGUCACCUUCCUGGAGAUGCUCUGGCUGCUGGAAGAUUGCCUGAAGUUUUGACUCCUCAGUAUCCAUGGCAGUCAGGUGACAUGAGUUUGAACAUGCUGCCACCAAACCACAGCAAUGACUUCAUGCUGGAACCACCAGGGCACAAUAAAGAGAAUGAAGAUGAUGUAGAAGUUAUGUCCACAGACUCUUCAAGCAGCAGCAGUGAUUCUGACUAGAUAAUUGGGAAGGAGUCAACAGAAAGAGAGAUGAACUCUUACAUAUAUUUGCUGCAUUUUAGCAGCUUUACAUUUGUUUAGUUGGCAGUUGCUGCCACUUGAGACACUUAGAGAGAAAGCAUGAGCAUACCACUGUGGGUCUACAGAAAAAUCCCAUUUGGCUGGGCUUCAGUUUUCUUAAUGGUCAUCAUGUAAAACUGUUUUGAGGUGUUUGUUCUGGCUUUUGCUAAAGCUUUUAGAAAGAGAUGUCAAACUAGUUGCAUUCCUCAUUGGAAAGCCGUGUCUGAUUUUUACUUAAAACAUCUUUGAUGGCUACAUUAGAAGCUGGGUGACAUUUUCUUGGUGGUCAUAAAAGAGAUUACUGAGAUUUGUUACAGGUGAUACACAGAAACAAAUUAACUUUUUUUUUAACAUAACUUUUUUGGUCUUUUGAUCUUUUUUCUGUAGUAUAUUAUAAAUAUUUGUAAAUUAAAACAAAAACUAUCCAAAUGUAACAUACUGCUUAAAUCUGUUCAUAACUGAUGAAACGUAUACAAGUAUUUUCAAAGAAGGAAGUUAUUGUCCUGUUUUCAAGUGACAGUACUUGUUUAAUUUUUUAUCUAACACUACAAGCAUCAUUUAGGAAUUGCAACAAAGAAUAUCUGCAUUUCUAGAGGCACACAUUCCUCAGAUAUUUGGGAUGAAACCAAGUAAAGUAUUAUUUUAUGUUUGAGUUGUCUGAAUAUUAGUCUGGCAAUAAUCACUGUAACAUUUAAGCACAAUAUGUAUUAUUUUUGUAGUCUAUAGCAACACACAAACUAAACCACUUCUCUGUUUCUUUUUCCGUACAGAAGAGAGAUAAAAUAAUAACUAAUAUUUUUAGGCAUGUAGUUAUUUUUAUUGCCAUUUUCCGUUUUGUGAAGGGUAACAUGUUUGUCUCAUUGUGUUUGGUGGUUUUACUCCAUUUGGUGGAUAACUAAAUGUGUGUUACCUUAUAGUUAAACAACAGUGAGACAGGAAGUUGGCCAGUUAACAGUUUUCUAAAAACUCAGGUGUGCUUUUAAAAGAUUAAAUAUGAUUGUUAUGUUGAUUUACUUCUGUACAUAAAAAUGUUUAGCAAUGCAAAUAAUUAUGAAACUUGUUUUAUGAAAAAAAAAACUUUUUUUCUCUUUGAAUAACUAUUUCAGUGAAAGGUUAGAUUUAAGCAGAAUGACAAGGUAAUGAACAAUAGACUUCUUCUUAUCCAUUUUUCCUUAUCUACCAAGGGCGCUGGUAAUUCUCUAGGGUGCUAUACCCAAGUGACUUUCCAUUAAACUAGAACAACGUAACACAUCUCAGCAAUAUUAAAAAAGAAGUAACAUUUAAACAAAAAGUAAUAGAGCAAUUUGAAGUGCCCUUUAGUAAAAACUAAAUGUACAAAUGAGCGCUCUUACCUGAAUGUCCUGCAAAAUUUUUAGAAUACUGAGCUUCCUUUCAGCCUAGAAAAUAUCUCAACAGGAUAGUCAUAUACUGAACCUCACAUUCUCUAAAAUGAAUUCCUGUUGAAAGAAUGGGCGGACAGAUAAGAUGAACAAAAUUGCUAUUUAGUUUGCUGAAGUACUGAGGUGUGAGAUCACCACCUCUCAAAUUUUGUGUUAAUCCACCAAAAUGUUAGUGAUACCAAAUCAUUGAUUUAAUGUAAAUCCCGAGUCAGAGGGCAAAUUUCAUAAACCACUAGCAGCAUUCCAUUUAAUUUUCUAAACUUAGUUUGCCAAUUGCAGGAAGUUCCGUUUUUUUUUAAGCGUUAGUCCUAGGCCUUGAAUCAUAAUAUUAGGAUUUUUUUUAAAAUAUGCAGGGUUAUUCAACUAGUAAAUUCUUAUUUAUCUGAGUACAUCCAAAUUAACUGAUGACAUCCUUUGGUUAUAUACCGGGUCUGAGUGGGGAAAUGUUUUUUUUUUUUUGUAAUGUUUGUGUGAAAUUUAUUUUUGAAGAGUUUCUUUCUAUUUGUACCCCCUUGUCUUCACUGGAAUUUAUUUAUUAAAACAACAGCUGGCAAUAGA